AGAGUAGCUGUAAUCACACGCCUGCGAAUGUUGGAACUCUCGGGAGCAGGGAGGAGAGACCGUACAACCGGCGAGUCAGUCGACUAUUAGUGGUCUGUGACUCUGGAGGUAGCCCGACCACCGCAGAACCGAGUCCGACGCAGCUCGGUUGCGUUCGGUCGGUAGUCGGGGCCAGUCGGGCACUCCACUGCUCUUUUCGGUCUGGUCGUUUUCCUCAGUCCGUCGUCGUUACGCAUCGAGAACAGUUGCAUUCUUUCUUUUUCGUUAAAGACAACGAAUAGUACCCAUCUUUUUCCGCACUAUGUGACGGAUAUUAGGGGGCACCGAGCGUACCCCGCCUUCUUUGUAUAUCAUUCCCACCCUAUCCUUCUGCCUGCCACUACUCUCCUUUGCCUAGAGAGAGAAAGAGAGAAAGAGCACGUUGUAAACGCAGGCACGUACGUACGCAGGCACUCGCCGAACGAAGGGGCCACGAGGGCCCCGUGGAAUUGUGCUUAGGAAAACAUGGAGUGUCCACAUCUUGCUCAAAGCGUCCAAUUCGGCGGUAACGACGUAGAAGCGAAUUGUACGAAGAAUCUACCGUUCGUCUGUGCAGUAUGUGGCACCGAGAAAAGUACGUGGCUCUGUCUGUACUGUGGAGCCAUUCACUGUGGACGAUACGUGGCAGGCCAUGCAUUACAGCAUCACGAAGAAAAUACUCAACACUGUGUUUGUAUCGACUGUGAGAACCUGGCAGUAUUCUGUUACAUGUGCGACGAGUAUGUUAUCAACGAUACGACCAGUGGCCAAAUCGAGAAGAUACGUCGCGCCACCUUUCGUAAGGACGAGCACAAAGAGAACGAGGAGAAUUGGAACACUUCGCCAUCUACGACGCCAUCCUCGAGGAGGGAGAACAGCGAAGAUAACGACGCGGACGCUCUGUGGAAAGCAGAAGUGGUCGUAAGGAACCUUCGGCCGAGGACAGCGCGAAAGAGGUUACAUUCGUUGGAUGGCACGAGCGGGGACAAUAGGCCGGCGACAAAGCGUAGGAGCUCGAAGAUAACCAAGGAAAAGAAAGUCGUCGGCCUGAGGAAUCUCGGCAACACCUGUUUCAUGAACGUGGUGUUACAAUCGUUCAACAAUAUCAGCCAUUUUUGCGAGUAUCUCACGCAGAUGCCGUGUCUCGAAGGUAUACCGUUCGACGAGCCACCCACGCACAGAGGUCGAAUCGUCACACCCGGUAGAGCAAAAGAGUUCAUGAGCGACGCCCUCCUUGCGGAAGAGUUGAGAAAGGUUCUGCUUGGCCUGAAUCUAGGCGGUUCGAACGGUCAGGCGAUAUCCCCCGAAUGUCUUUUCCUCGUCAUCUGGAAAGUCGUGCCAAGAUUUCGGGGCUACCAACAACAAGACGCUCAUGAAUUUCUCACCUACAUGUUGGACAGACUACAUACGGAACUUUUGCAAUUAUUGCCCAGACUGGGACACGAACCUCUCGGUCUGCGUGGCAAGCAAAGCAUCGUCACAGCUGUGUUUGGAGGCACUCUUCUUAGCGUGGUCCACUGCAUGAACUGUCGUACGGAUUCCAAGACGCACGAGCCCUUUCAGGAUCUUUCAUUGGAUAUACCGGACAGAUUGCAGAGACGGACGAAAGAGCAAGAAGAGGUUUGCAGUCUCACGUACAGUUUAACGAGAUUCUUCAAAGUUGAAGAACUGGCCGAUAGCGAACUAUACUUUUGUGACAAUUGCAUGGGGAAACAGAGAUCCACUAAGAGGUUCUGGAUACACAGGCUGCCUAAUGUGUUGUGCCUUCACAUUAAAAGAUUUAGGUGGUGCAAUUCCUAUCGCUCGAAGGUGGAUACACAGGUGGAUUUCCCAAUGAAGUCACUCGAUAUGUCUGCAUUUACAGUGCGUGGUGUGAAUGGAACGAAAUUGGGCGCUUCGAAUAGUCAUCUGUAUGAUUUAGCUGCCGUUAUUGUGCAUCAUGGUUCUGGCGCUGGAACUGGACAUUACACUGCCUUCGCUGUUCACGAUGGACAAUGGUUUCACUUUAACGAUAGCUCUGUACGACCAGCAACCACCGACGCGGUCGCCAAAUGUAAACCUUAUAUUCUGUUUUACGUGCGGAAAGAGUUCUCCAUUCCACCUCCUUUGUGACGUCGUUUCCCCAGUCAGUCCCGUCCUGAUGGUUCGAGCUUCGACGACGAUGAUGAUGAGAUGACGAAGAAGUAAGCGAAUUCGAGCACAAGAAGUUAAAAUGGUGCAUACAAUAAAAACUGGCCAAACUGAAGAAUCAGUAGACCUAUAUAGUUUCUCGAAGUUUCUAAAAGAGGAAGGAAGAAAGCAAAGCUCGUUUCUUUUGUUUUGUAACCAAUUUUCUGUUUCUUAAAUUUUUAACACGAUUGAUCGAUGUCACGUAUAUACAGGCGUUAUAUUUCAUCAAUGAUAAAAAUGACAAAUACUUCAUAAAUAUAUUUUUUGUAAACUGAGAUAAUCGGUUGCUCAACAUCGUAUAGGAAUUUACUAGAUGUUAUAAUGAUUAGCACGAUGUAAGAGUAUAACGUUAAUCUUAGUCGUUUGAAGCGAAACAAAUUUUAAUUGUUCGCAAAUGAGCGACUAUUAAUAAUUUUUAAUUAUUAUUAUUUUAUUGAUUUUAAUUUUUCUUAGAUUAUAUAUAUAUAUAUAUAUAUUUUUUUUUUUCGUAGCUAUUGAUUUUAUAUGGUCCAUUUCAGUUUUUUUUUAGAUCAUAUUAAAUGAUUUUUUUUUUCUUUUUCAUAUUUGUUGAUUAUAUGGUAAAUUAACCAAGUAUUUGGAUAUAGUCCUUUUACGGUAGAUAAAAAUACUAUAAGAUACACCAUGCAUACCGAUUAGUUGUAUACGCACAUGAACAUGUAGGGAUAUAGCACGAGAACUGAGAGCUUCCUUUCCCUUUUUAGAAACAUUAGAAAAAAAACAAAAAAACAAAGAAGGAAAGAAAGAAUGUACUCUCGAGGCAGAUUGCGGAAACGCGUUGCCUUUAAUGUUGAUUUUCUUUAUACUCCUUUUCGCUGGUCUCUCUCGGUGGUCGUUGACCACCUCCCUUCAUCGAAUCGAUUAAAGCUCCUCCCGGCCGUAUAGCGGAAUAACGCGUAACGCGUACCUCGUAUAUAUAUAUGAAACUAUAUAUAUAUAUAUAUACAUAUAUAUAUAGUUUUAAAACGAAAACGACUGGUCUUCUCGGUAGAUAGAUUUUUUCUAGGCUUAGAGCGAUAUCAUCGUUAUUUCGAGGGAGCUGGUAAACGAAAAUACGAAUAUAGAGCCAACCACUCUGUUAUUUCGGAAAACAUGUUACCUACAUCCUUGAAUACUUAACACACAUACUCGUACAUAUAUAUAUGUACACACAACGUACACGAUUAUCAUUCGAACAUAUACAUACACCAUGAUUACAUAUACAUUACAAAUCGUUUACAUGUGUGUUGACAAAAUACACGUAUGCAUGCAUGUAUGUAUACAAACACGUUCUCUCUUUUCCCCUACCCUCCUUUUUCCUCACGAUCCUCGACGGCUCGACAACUCUUAUGUGAUUAUUUAAAGACUUAUUUUUUCUAUAAUGGUAACGAUAAUAACGAUAAUAAGUUAAAGAAAGCGUAGCGAAAGAAACGUUUUAUUAAGGCGAUAAAUUCGAUAAAUGCGCAUCUUCAGCAAAGACUCACUCGUAUGCAAAAAAAAAAGCGAAAGCGAAAUGGAAAAAAAAAUUAAAAAANAAAAAAAAAAAAAAAAAAAAAAAAAAAAAAAAAGAUGGAAG